GGAUCAAGCAACAAUCCUAACAACGAUAGAAAAAAUAGAGUGUCUUCAAUGAUUAAUUCUAUUGAAAGUAUUGUAUUUUGUUCUUGGUUAAAUCAAUUGAAUUGCGCACUUCAUAACAAAUAUUUACGUGAACGUCGACAUCUUGUACGAUCGUUUUAUUGUCAACCUUUCUAUUAUGGAGAUGAAAAGUUUUAUAUCAGAUAAGUACUUACAAUUCAUACGACAACAUUAUGGAGAAGGAAGAAAUCUGUCAAUAUUUUAAUGACAUUAUCAAAGAUGAAAAAGAUGUUUCUGCUGGAAUGGCUGCUAUACGUACACUAUUAAAAGUUUUAGAGUAUUCAAAGUCUGAAACGGUUCAAGAGCUUAGGUAUUGUUUACAGAAUGCAAUAGAUGCAAUGAGAUCUACUGAAAAUCCUGUAACUGCCAUUGCAUCUGGCAGUGAAUUAUUUCUUCGUUUUAUAACUUUGGCUACAUUAGAUACUCCUUCAUUUGCAGAAUGUAAGGGUAUUAUGCUCCAUAGAGGCAAAAUGUUUUAUGAAAAAUUAGUAGCUGCCAGAGGAAAAGUAGCAAAAGUUGCAGCACAUUUCAUUAAGGAUGGCUCUAAAAUACUUACUCAUUCAAAAUCUAGAGUUGUAUUGCAAGCAAUGAAAGAAGCUGUUGAAAGUAAUAAAAUAUUUGAAGUAUAUGUAACAUGUUCUUCUCCAGAUAAUAGUGGGGAAGAAAUGCAUGAAAAUUUAACAAAAUUAGGUUUAUCUUGUACAUUAAUAUUAGAUUCUGCAAUGGGAUAUGUCAUGGAACAAGUUGAUAUGGUCAUGGUAGGAGCAGAAGGAGUUGCAGAAAGUGGAGGUGUUAUUAAUAAGGUUGGCACAUAUACAAUGGCAAUGUGUGCUAAAGAAGUGAAGAAACCAUUUUAUGUCUUAACAGAGAGUUUCAAAUUUUCAAGAAUAUAUCCCUUAAAUCAAGUAGAUCUUCCAAAUGAGUUUAAAUAUACAGCAAGUACAUUAAAAAAAGAUUUGCAGAAAGAACAUCCAUUAGUUGAUUAUACGCCACCGCAUUAUAUUAGUCUUCUCUUUACUGAUUUAGGUAUAUUAACACCUUCAGCUGUAAGUGAUGAACUUAUUAAAUUAUACUUGUAACAUGUAUGUGCAUAUACAUCUGUACACCAAAAUACAUAUACAAAUAAUUUUAAUAUGAAUAUAGGUAAAAAUAAAAUUAUUUAUACAAUGACAAUAAUAAAUAUUUAACUUUACAAAAAACUUUGAUAUAAGUUUUAUUAAUUCUUAAAAUAAUAUUGAGUAUUGUAAAAUAACACACUCGUUUUUUUAAAAUCUCAUUUCCAAAUAACACACGAUAAAACACUUAUUCUUUGUUAUAAUACAAUAGAGAAAUUCAACACUGUUUUGAAUAUUUAUAAAUUUUCUCCUAGUUAUGACUUAUUAGAAGAUGACUUACGCAUCUCGCACAAUAUACACAUGUAUACGAUAUCUAUAACCACAUUAUCAUAUUAAAUACAAAUAAUCUAUAAUGCAUCUCAAUAGUUGAGCAUCACCGUAUUGCACAGCAAUAACUAAUAAGAUUUAUAACUUUUAACAAAAUUA